AUCUGGUCGGGCUGUGCUGUGAUCUGGUCGGGCUGUGAUCUGGUCGGUGAUCUGGUCGGGCUGUGCUGUGAUCUGGUCGGGCUGUGAUCUGGUCGGUGAUCUGGUCGGGCUGUGCUGUGAUCUGGUCGGGCUGUGAUCUGGUCGGUGAUCUGGUCGGGCUGUGCUGUGAUCUGGUCGGGCUGAAUCAGGGAGUGAAGGGACAUUAUCCUGCAGACAGCUGAGGCCGGGGGUCUGAGCCCAGGACUUCACCCCUCCAGAGGAUUUCAUGUCCUCAGGUCACUGAGUCCUAGGACCUACCUACCACAGUGUGCAUACUGUCAGUGUGUCCAGAUGACCACGGAGAACCAUAACCAGCACUUAGACCCUUCAGCUCCCCUCUCUUCCAGCCCCACCACAGGGGCUCUGAUAAGCCAGCAGUCCGCGGCCAUGGACACCUCCUCCUCCACUUCAUCAUCAUCCAAGAACAAGAAGCCAAACUCCGGGCUCCGGCGUCCAGAGAAACCUCCUUAUUCGUACAUUGCCCUCAUUGUCAUGGCCAUCCAGAGCUCCCCCACCAAGAGACUCACCCUCAGUGAGAUAUACCAGUUCUUACAAGCCAGGUUCCCCUUCUUCAGGGGCUCCUACCAGGGCUGGAAGAACUCUGUCCGCCACAACCUGUCCCUCAAUGAGUGCUUCAUCAAGCUGCCCAAGGGGCUGGGGAGGCCGGGCAAGGGCCACUACUGGACCAUCGACCCUGCCAGCGAGUUCAUGUUUGAGGAAGGAUCUUUUAGAAGGAGACCUAGAGGCUUCCGAAGAAAAUGCCAAGCUCUGAAGCCCAUGUAUAGGAUGAUGAAUGGCAUAGGCUUUAGUACUUCUAUCCUACCCCAAGGAUUUGAUUUCCAGCCCCCACCAGCUUCCCUGGCAUGUCAUAGUAAUGGCUAUAACUUAGAUAUGAUGACAAACUCUAUGACAGGAGGAUACGAUGGAUUGAGUGGAGGUCACCAUGUCCCACAUAUGUCCCCCAAUCCUGGGUCUACGUAUAUGGCCAGUUGCCCUGUCUCUUCUAGUGGUGACUAUGGACCUGACAGCAGCAGUAGCCCUGUCCCUUCUUCUCCGGCUAUGGCCAGUGCUAUGGAAUGCCAUUCUCCUUACACCACUCCUACGGCCCACUGGGCAUCAUCGGGGGCCUCGCCCUACUUGAAGCAGCAGGCUAUGCCACCUAGUAAUGCGGCAUCUGCAGGGAUACACUCAGGCAUGUCCCCCUACACCUUAGAACAGACAUACCUCCACCAGAACACCAGGGAGGACCUCUCAGUGGGAUUGCCCCGUUACCAGCACCACUCCUCUCCAGUGUGCGACAGAAAGGAUUUUGUCCUCAAUUUUAACGGGAUUUCUUCUUUCCACCCGUCUGCCAGUAGUUCUUACUAUCACCACCACCAUCACCAGAGUGUCUGCCAGGAUAUAAAGCCCUGCGUUAUGUAGGGGUAGACUGGACUCCGGGGCAAGGAUCCUUAUUCAUGGCUUGUUCUCCUUAGUGCUGGACCAGGCUCAUAGACUGCACUGUAAUCAGUUACCCAUGACCCAUCACUGCUCUGCUGGAUCCGGGUCAUGUUCUGUGCCUAGAUGAUCGGCCGUGGCAGGUGGAGUCGUGUCCCCAUGGUCCCUGGUGGCUGGUGGCAGUCUAGUCCCUUUAUCUUCCCUCUCCCCAUGGACUUGUUCAUGUAUUGAGGCACUUAUCUGCAUUAUUGCUCUCCAAACACAGGUAAUAAUAGAGUCUCCUAUGUUUACAGUAUUGUGUUCAGGAAACUGUCCAGACACACAAGGACCAUUUCCAAUAUCCAGUAUUGUCCCUGAGGGUCACAUGCACUUCUUACAUGAACUGUAGUUAUACAGUAUCUACCAACCUAUUACAGAGACCUUUCCUUGUCUUUCUACCCACCUUGCGAUGUACCAAUGUGAAUUUACACCUUACUGUAAUCCACUUUUUUUUUUUACACCUGCAAAACAGCAACUCAAUCUGUAAUCCAACAUUAAGUAUUACAGAAUACAUUCCUUAUGGUAAUUAAAAAAAAUAAGAAAAACUGUCUUCUAGUUUGAAUGAACCUAUUAGUGUAUUUUUUAUAUAUUUUAAAAAAAAAUGUUUUGGUGUAACAAAAUGUUUUCUUGUUUGUCCUUUUAAAUGUAAAUAUUUUCCAUGUGACUUAACCAUGAAUCAUGGCUGAUGUCGUAAAAUGAUCAUCUGUAAAAAUAAUCUCCACAAGGUGGAAACCAUCCAAUGAUUCUAAAUUCUGGAGAAGAGACAAAAUCCGACAACGCUUCUACCCCCAUUACCAGUGUAUAUAUACUAGGAAAUAAAUAAUUUAGGAUGGAGGGAUACAUAGAAAACAAUGCUGUUAUUGUGUCCAGUUGUUAUGUCGCAGAAUCUGUAUAAUCAUCACACUAUGCUUUGUAAGGGAAGAUUAUAUUUGCACUUAUGUAGUCGGGAAAUAUUGUUUUUGUAGUCGGAUGUACAUUUUCUUUUCAAUAAACGUGUAUAA